AAGAAGCAAACAAUGAAUAGAGCAAUGCAUAUGCAUCCAUUAAAUUAUUAAUUAAUUAGUAGAGGAGAGGACCUUCCACCUCCUAAUAUUAUUGGUUGCUUCCUCCAAACUUCUCUCCAUUUCAUCUCUGGGGACUGGGGCGUUGCCUUCACAACAGUAACACCACCUUCUGCAGUAGCUUUAAGCUAACCAAGAUUUUCUUUGGUCAUGGGGCAAAAGCAUUUAGUGGUGGCUUUCUGUUUAUGGGCUUUAACAUGUUCCCUUCUCCCCUCUUUCUCCUUUGGAAUUAUGAGAAUUGGUUUGAAGAAGAGGCCUCUGGAUCUUUAUAGUAUUAAUGCUGCUAGAAAGGCAAGAGAAGGUCUGAGAUCAGGAAGACCAAUGAUGGGUGCACACAAUCAGUUUAGCAAGUCGAGUGGUGAUAUUGUACCUUUGAAGAAUUACUUGGACGCUCAAUAUUUUGGUGAGAUUGGAAUUGGCACACCCCCUCAGACCUUUACUGUUGUGUUUGAUACUGGUAGUUCCAACCUUUGGGUUCCAUCAUCCAAGUGCUACUUUUCUCUUGCCUGCUAUACCCAUAAUUGGUACAAAGCAAAGAAAUCCAAAACAUAUGCCAAAAACGGAACAUCAUGCAAAAUAAACUAUGGAUCUGGAUCAAUAUCUGGUUUCUUCAGUCAAGAUAAUGUUAAAGUUGGCAGCGUUGUUGCCAAGCAGCAGGAUUUCAUUGAGGCUACCCGAGAAGGAAGUCUUUCCUUUCUGUCAGCAAAGUUUGAUGGGAUACUGGGACUUGGAUUUCAGGAGAUCUCAGUUGAAAAUGCUGUGCCAGUAUGGUAUAACAUGGUGCAGCAAAAUCUUAUCGGCGAGAAGGUGUUCUCUUUUUGGCUAAAUGGGGAUCCAAAUGCGAAAAAAGGUGGUGAAAUAGUUUUUGGUGGUGUUGACCGAAAGCACUUCAAAGGAAACCACACAUAUGUUCCAGUUACUGAAAAAGGCUACUGGCAGAUUGAAAUGGGAGACUUUUUCAUUGGAGAUGUUUCAACAGGUGUUUGUGAGGGUGGCUGUGCAGCUAUUGUGGAUUCAGGAACAUCUCUACUUGCUGGUCCAACUCCUGUCGUGGCUGAAAUCAACCAUGCUAUCGGAGCUGAAGGGGUUCUUAGUGUAGAAUGUAAGGAAGUCGUUUCUCAAUAUGGAGAGAUGAUAUGGGAUCUCUUGGUAUCAGGGGUGGAACCUGGUAACAUAUGUUCUCAAAUUGGCUUAUGUUCUUCCAAAAGGGAUCAAUCCAAGAGGUUAGAAAGUGCUGGAAUUGAGAUGGUGACUGAAAAGGAACAGACCGAGUUGACAGCAAAAGAUACUCCUUUGUGUUCUUCUUGUCAGAUGCUUGUUCUUUGGAUCCAGAAUCAACUAAGACAGAAGGCAACAAAGGACAGAGUAUUCAACUAUGUGAAUCAACUGUGUGAGAGCCUUCCAAGUCCAUCCGGAGAGUCAGUGAUAAGCUGUGAUAGUCUCUCUCAGAUGCCAAGCAUUACAUUCACAAUUGGAGACAAGCCUUUUGUCCUUACACCAGAGCAGUAUAUUUUGAGAACCGGAGAAGGCGUUACAGAAGUCUGUCUUAGUGGGUUUAUUGCUUUUGAUGUUCCUGCUCCACGGGGUCCACUAUGGAUUCUUGGCGAUGUUUUCAUGAGGGCAUAUCACACCAUCUUUGACUACGGAAAUCUCCAAGUUGGUUUUGCCGAAGCUGCCUAAUUAGCCUUAUGGAGGACUAUCUUUGCAAGCAUUUUAAUAAUUGUUGGUGUACUGUGUAAAUAAGCUGUUGUAACAAUUAUUGUAGCUCAGGUUCACUUUAUGGAAUCACGAAUGUAUUUAUCCAUUUAAAGACGUAGAAAUAUCCACUUGAAAGUGUUGUCUGCCUUUACGUGGAAAGACCACUUGCGUUUCAUUCCGAAUAUUAUGCCCUUUGUCCCUUUCA